CAUGCUUUGAGCAGCUGCCCCAUCACUGCCCGUGAAGGGCUUCGAAACUCCAUCUGCACUUGGCAGUGUAAUACCCAAGUUCUCCCUGCGAUGAUAUUUACUCUGGUGGACUGAGUGAAACCACGCUCUGCUCGAGAGCGAAAUGGCUUCCAAUGUUCCGAAAUUCACGAGCUUCAGGCCCAAGCCCAAGGAACCCGACAAAGCCGCCGAGGAAUCGCGAAAAGCCGAGAGACCCGAGAAGCGAGAAAAGUCAGAGAAGCCGCCAAAAGAAAAGGAGGUAGAAGAGCGCAAGCAAAGUAAGCCAAGUCAAGGAGACGAGAGACGCUCUCAAAAGCGUGAUAAAGAGCCCUCGAAACUCUUCGCUAGCGACCGCCGGGGCGACUCCGACAUUUUGAGAUAUGGUGGCCUCAACAAGUACGACAUUCCAGCAUAUCGGCGGUACGGCUAUGGCAGCAUCCUGGGGCUUCCACCGGACAGGAAGAUUGACCGGGAGCUUUCUUCGGACAAGGGCAUUGUGGUUACUCCUGCGAAGGGCCGCCGGCAGGAGAGGCUCCUCACUAGUAAGCAUGUCGCGAGAGAGAGUGGUCGAGCCAUCCGCUUCGUGAAACCGAGCGGGAAUGAGACGGAUGAAGACCGCGACUUCAUUCCAUUCUCGAUCACGGGAAAGGGGAAGCGGGAGGAAGAUGAAGAUGCUUCUGAUGUCGACUACCGCGGAUUUGAGCGCCGUAAACCAACAGAACCCGCCGACCCGGAUGCUGAAUUCGAAUCCGAUACAGAAGCAGGCGCUGCGGACGCUGAAGUCACUCAGAAAAACGCCGCCCUUAUACGAAGAACCCGCGAGCAUCCCGACGACCUCCAAGCAUGGCUCGACUUCAUCGAUCAUCAAGAAGCGAUGAUGAAAAUUGAUCGCUCUACGGAGGGAUUGAGUAGUGCCGACAGACGGCACCUCGCCGACGUCCGCAUCUCGACCUACGAGGACGCGUUACGUAAGAUUGGUAGUGACGAGAGCAGUCAAGUUGAACUCCACCUUGGACUAAUGACUGAAGCUACCAAAUCCUGGGACGACACUCGUUUGGCCCAGAAGUGGCCUGAGGUCAUUAUAAAGUUCCCAUGGAGUACAGAACUCUGGACGAAGUACCUAGACUUCGUGCAGUCUAGCUUCGCGAGCUUCAAAUACGAGAAAUGCCGAGCGACAUUCUUUCAGUGCCUGAAACUCCUUCAGGCCAGCUCAAGGCCCGUUUCGUCCGAGUUCCGGCUUUACAUCUUAGUCCGCUUCACUUCCAUGAUGCAGCAAGCUGGUUACCAAGAACUGGCUCUGGCCGCCUGGCAGGCAAUUCUAGAAUUCCGCUUAUUGAGGCCUAUGUCUGUUGCGCUUGCGUCAGAUGAAGAGCGGCUGCGACUCUUCGAAGAGUUUUGGGAGAGUGAGGUUCCCCGAAUUGGAGAGUUGAAUGCCAAGGGAUGGAAGGACUUCAGCCCAGAGGAUCCUCUAUCCACCAUUCAAGGCCCUUCGCCAUUAGCUGCGCGAAAUGUGUCUCAACCGAUAUUUGAAGACUUCUGGAAGCGUGAGGUAUUUGGCUCUAUUCAAAUGAAAAUUCCUGGGCGCACGACCGAUGAAGUCGGCGAGGAUGACCCGUUCCACACAGUCCUUUUCUCUGAUAUCCGGGACUUCAUACAGUUCGUUCCCGAAGAAAUAUCGGAAUUGCACAUUCUGGACGCUUUCCUUCGAUUCUGCCAUUUGCCGCCGCUUCCGGGAAUGCGCACUGAAAAGUACUGGGCCGACCCGGUUCUCCAGCUCAAGAUUUCGGACGCCCGUAGCGUUCAUGCUGACAAUCAAUUUGCUCAGAAGGUAGCAGAAUUUGCGAACUGCCCCAUCAGGCAAUUUCAGAUGAGCACUCAGCUUCUGUUCGUUCUCCCAUUUCCGAACAUUCAUGACACAGGGGACGCAGAAUUCAUUCGGGGUGCACUGAGGCUCAUCGCGAGUGACUCUGCGUCUGAUGACAUAGUCGGGCAAUAUCUCCUCGCAUUCGAGCGCAACUAUUUCUUCUCGGCAGCAGCCAAGUCGGCGAAGCGGCUUCUGAAAGCCCGGCCUGCAAGUCUACGCAUUUACAACGCAUAUGGCCUUGUCAUGUCCAGUGGCGGCGAUUCUGACAAAGCUGAUCAGGUGUUCAGCGCUGCUCUUUCGAUGCAAAAGGGGGAUACUCCUUUCUCAACACCGGGAAGUUUGGAGCUCUUUAGCAGCUGGGCAUGGGAAGCUCUGCGACCGGGACAGACCGCUCUGCUACGCGCCCGUACAACGCUCAGCGAAACGAGCGAGCGCGCGCACCUUCAAAGUGACUUUUCUUCAGCUGUCACAAGCGCAUCUCUUUCAGCCUUGCUUGCCUACCUUUGCGGCGGCCAGAAACCCGAGAGCGCCUUAGCUACCCAUCACAAGCUAUUGGAUUGGUUCGUGGAACACAAGCUAUCCCAAAGUCCUGCCGCGGAAUUGCACGCCCAAUCAAUCGCACAGUUCCUCCUCCAUCACGCAACCCACGCCUCAAUCGUCAAGCCCUCCCUGAUACGUACCACUUUAGAGCCCCUCAUUGCUCUGUUCCCCGACAACACUAUCCUCCUUUCCCUAUAUGCGGCAAACGAGCAGCGCUUCUCAAUCGACGACCGUGUGCGGGGCAUCAUACAUCAACAGCUUCUCUCCACAUCCAAGAACCGCAGCAUAGUAGGUUGGAACUUCGCCAUCCACUACGAGACGCUCAAGGGCGAAAUUGCUGGCUCAACAGCCCACUCUGUUCGCGCUCUCUAUAAAAGGGCGGAAGAGGACGUUGGCGCGCACUGCCCCGCGCUCUGGAAACAGCACGUCCUCUUCGAACUCGAGCAAGCUAGACAAGAAUCCAAGAAGAUCCCUGGGCGGCCUCCGCAGAUGCCUCCACAGUUUGAGUGGAAGGACAGGCCGUCGGUGAAGGACGCGUAUAGGAGGGUGAAAGAAACGUUUCUUCGCGGCAUGACUCAUUUGCCUUGGUGCAAGGAGUACAUGAUGAUGGCUUUCAUGCGCUUGGGAGAGGAGUUUCUUAGUGAGGAAGAGUUGAGGAGGGUGUAUAAUGUUAUGGUGGAGAAGGAAUUGCGCCUCUAUGUCGAAUUAGAGGACGAGGAGGCAUAG